UUUAGAGCAACUUCUGAUUUUGAAGUAAGAAAUAUGUCUAAAAUCAAAAAAUUCUUUUCUCGCAAAAAGGAGGAGGCCGCGUUUAAGCUUAAACUUGGCGGCGGUAUGGGGCAGGGUCGUGCUUUGAACGCAGCAGCUCCACCUCCGAAUACUUCAAGCUCUAAAUCAGGUAGCAGUUAUGUCGCACCCAAACGUCAGGAACUAAGCUCUGAGGCACGUGCUGCAGCUGCUGCUGCGCUUGCUCGCAAUGAAAAAAAAGAAUCUAAAGAUUUCAACACAUCAUUGGCGGCCAUUAAAGCGCAGGCUAAACGUGAGCUGGAAGCGGAACAGAAAAUAAGAGCAGACGAAGAGAGUGUGUCCUCGGGUGCCUCAAGCACAACGACAGCGAAAAAAAAUUUGGCCUGUGAAGGAGUAUUCUUUCGCUGCCCGCUGAUUGGAGAGGAAAUCUUGCCACGAAAAGAAUGGAAGGCGAGAAUAAAAGAAUUUCUUUAUCAACAAAUGGAGUUUGAACGCGCAUUAACCGCAUGUCUGAUAAUUUGUAACUGCAAUACACGCGAAAAGGCUGAUGACUGCAUUCAAACAAUUACGAAAUAUCUUGAAAACAUACAUAACCAUCCUGAUGAAGAGAAAUACUAUAAAAUUAGAAUGUCCAAUAAAAUUUUUAGCGAGAAAGUGCGUUAUGUAGAGGGAGCUUUAGACUUCUUGCUAGCAGCUGGAUUUCGUGAAAUCGAAAUCGAUGGCGAACCCUUUCUACUUUGGUCUAAGGAAAAUGUUGAUAAUAACUAUGACUUGCCUACAUUGCUUGAUGCACUGAAAAAUGCUGAAACUAUAGAAUUGGCAUUGGAUAGAAAUAUUAGAGUUCUUAUGCCGUCACAGGCGCGUAGUGUUGAACUGCCUGAUGAUUUUUAUCGCAUCUCGCCAGAGGAGAUAAAACGUGAACAACAGCUCCGUACCGAAGCGAUUGAGAGUGCACAAGUAUUGCGAACAAAGGCAAUGCGCGAGCGCGAAGAACAACGUAAUUUGCGUAUGUAUCGAUUCGCAUUGAUUCGAGUUAAGUUCCCAAAUGGGAUUUACAUACAGGGUACUUUUAAUGUUUACGAGAAAAUUAGGGAUAUUUUUGAAUUUGUGCAGUCCUGUCUCAUCGACGAAAACUUGGAAUUCAAUUUGGUGGUUACCAAUGGCGUCAAAUUCACCGACGAAGACAUGGAGAGCACUUUAUACGACUUGCGACUCAUUCCAAACAUUGUGCUGCUUUUUACGAUUCCUCACGCAACCGCCUCAAUGGCAGCUGAUAUAAAUUUUCUAAAGGAAGAGUUGCUAAUGUUGGUGCAGAAGAUGUGAAGUGUGCCGGCUACAAUUUGGAGGAAUCCUGUGUUGACUUAGUACUAUCGCAUAUAUUAUAUUUAUAUUAUGACUAUUACAGUAGUUACUAUUUAAUUUAUAUUUAUAAACGUUUAAAAUUGGAUUUUUCCCCUUAGUAAAAUCUUGGCGUGUGCUGGUAUUGUCAUAUUUUUGCUACACACAGUUUCAGUUAUUAGCAGUGAUUAAAUAGGAGAAUUAAAAUCCAAUGUUUUUAAUGACACUUAGAGUUGUAUUGUAAUCGGUUUUUAUUUGCGUUCGUAACACUCAUCGUAAAACUACAUAAAUAAAUAUUAAUUUGAAUUAAUCCAUCGUAA